CUGCGUUCUACUUCUGCCGGCAUCUAAUGAACUCCCUGUUGAAACGUCUUCCUCGCAGCCGCCUUGCCGCCACUCGCCGGAGCAGCCGCCGCCUCUACCACACACAAACCCACCCGCACCCUCUCCUCGCCACAUUCUCUCGCCUCUGCGUCGAGGGGCCCUUCCGCGCCGCGCUCGCCCUGCUCCCUGACCUCGCCUCGGCGGGGCUCCGCGCGGACCCCGUCUCCCUCACCCGCCUCGUCAAGCUCUGCGUGCGCCACGGCACGGCAAGCGACGGCCGGCUCAUCCACCGCCACGUCGCGGACCAUGGAGCCCUGUCGCACGGCGCCGGCGCCGGCGCUGGCGGCCUCUUCGUCUCGAACUCGCUCGUGUCGAUGUACGUCAAGUUCGGCCUGCUCGACGACGCGCUCAGGCUGUUCGACGGAAUGCCGGAGAGGAACGUCGUCACCUGGACGACCGUCGUCGCGGCGCUGGCCAACGCCGAAGGGAGGAAGGACGAGGCGCUGAAGUUCCUGGUGGCCAUGCGGAGGGACGGGGUGGCUCCCAACGCCUACACGUUCUCAAGUGUCCUCGGCGCGUGUGGCACGCCCGGGGUGCUCGCGGCCAUGCACGCCAGCACUGUCAAAGUUGGGCUGGAUUCGGACGUGUUCGUGCGGAGCUCAUUGAUCGACGCGUACAUGAAGCUUAGGGAUUUGGAUGGCGGGCGUGGUGUCUUUGACGAGAUGGUGACGGGGGAUUUAGUUGUGUGGAAUUCAAUCAUUGCAGGGUUCGCACAGAGUGGAGAUGGUGCUGGGGCGAUAGAGCUGUUUGUGAGGAUGAAGGAUGCUGGAUUCUUGGCUAACCAGGGCACCUUGACAAGUGUCCUAAGGGCGUGCACGGGGAUGGUCAUGCUUGAAGUCGGGAGGCAGGUGCAUGCUCAUGUGCUCAAGUAUGAGAAGGACUUGAUUCUGCACAAUGCGCUUCUUGACAUGUACUGCAAGUGCGGAACUCUGCAGGAUGCGGAUGCCUUGUUCCGCAGGAUGCCGGAGAGGGAUGUAAUCUCAUGGAGCACUAUGAUCUCCGGUUUGGCACAGAAUGGGAGAAGCACCGAGGCAUUGAGGGUUUUCGACUUGAUGAAAUCUGAAGGAGUCGCACCGAACCGCAUAACAUUGGUUGGAGUUCUCUUUGCCUGCAGUCAUGCUGGUCUAGUGGAAGAUGGAUGGUACUACUUCAAGUCAAUGGAGAAGCUCUUUGGCAUUCGACCUGAGAGAGAACACCACAACUGCAUGGUCGAUCUCCUUGGCCGAGCAGGGAAGCUCGAUGAGGCUGUGGAAUUCAUCCAAAAGAUGAGCCUUGAUCCAGACUCAGUUAUUUGGAGGACUCUCCUAGGCGCUUGCAGGAUGCAUAAAAAUGCCAAUCUUGCAGCCUACGCAACCAGAGAAAUACUUAAACUGGAGCCUGAUGACCAAGGUGCUUGUGUAUUGUUGUCAAACACAUAUGCGGAUCUGCGGCAGUGGACAGAUGCUGAGAAGUCAUGGAAAGCGAUGAGAGACCGAGGUAUGAAGAAAGAACCAGGAAGAAGCUGGAUUGAGGUGGAGAGACAGGUCCAUGUGUUCAUUGCUGGUGACUUGUCACACCCAUCCUCAGACUUCAUAGUUCAGGAAUUGAACCGGUUGAUUGGAAGGAUCAACGCUCUUGGUUAUGUUCCGCAGACAGAAUUUGUGCUGCAGGAUCUCGCAAUCGAGCAGAAGGAAGAUCUGCUGAAAUAUCACAGCGAGAAGUUGGCCAUAGCAUUUGGAACUAUGCAUGCUAUGGAAGGGAAGCCUAUCAGAAUCAUGAAAAAUUUGAGGAUCUGCGGUGACUGCCAUGCAUUCGCGAAGCUAGUCUCCAAGAGCGAAGGCAAGGUGAUCAUCAUCAGGGACCCUGUUCGGUUCCAUCAUUUCCAGGAUGGAGCUUGCUCCUGUGGUGACUACUGGUAGCCAGAAGCCAGUAUAUACGGCGUUCUUAAUUGGCCUCACUUUAUGAGGUUAGUGGGGUUUUUUUAUACUUGUGAGGUUAGUGGUCACUGGAGACAAGUACUGCUUCUUUGAUCCUUGUGAAAGUGGAUAUCCUCUCUGUUCACUGGUGCCCAGAAUUAUGUAGAUUUUCUGUCUAUUGAAAGAAGAGUAAGAAAAGAAUGUUUUCUAGUCAAAAAGAGCAAAGGCAAAAAAAGAUUAAAAAGGUUACAUGUCAAGGCCCAUGAAAGGCCCACCGGGCCACCCUUCUCCCUGGUCCACCUCAUCAUCUACGCGGCAUCGCAACAGGCGCCGCAAGCGCCCCGAAAACUAAACGACGCCGGAGUUUCCGCCGCCGUCCGUCGAGCCCCAGCCACGGCCCGUGGAGGCGGCCGGUGACACGGCGCCGACAUUAAUAGAGCAGAGGAGGAGCGGGGCGGUGUUACUGAGGCGCGGCGAGAUGUCGGUGCGGAUAAAGGCGGUGGUGGACAAGUUCGUGAGGGAGCUCAAGGAGGCGCUGGACGCGGACAUCCAGGACCGCAUCAUGAAGGAGCGGGAGAUGCAGAUCUACAUCGCGGAGCGCGAGCGCGAGGUCGCCGAGCGGAAGGCCGCGUGGAAGGCUGAGCUCUCCCGUCGCGAGGCUGAAAAUCGCGCGACAAGAAGCCAGGCUGAAGAUCGAAAGGGAGAACCUGGAGAAAGAGAAGAGCGUCCUCAUGGGGACGGCCUCAAACCAGGACAACCAAGAUGGGAGCCCUAGAGAUCACAGUCAGCGGCGAGAAGUACAGGUGCCUCCGGUUCUCCAAGGCGAAGAAAUGAGACCUUCGCUGGGCUUGGCUACCACGACGCUACUGAACUAGUCACUGAUAGUACCUCUAUUUACAAUCUGGAACUGUGCGAGAAAUUCUGAAAUCUGCCUGGACGAGUAAUGGGCAAUCUCUCUCGUCUGGGGUGACUGGCUGGCUGCAUCCCUCCUGUUCCUAACUGAUAGCUAGGGUCACUGAACCAACGCAAACCUGAACAUGACGCGGUCCAGUACCGCCAAUCAAGUGCCCCUUGGGUCACUGUAGCAUGGAUCUCCCGUUUCAUCCUAAUCUGACUGCCAACUUUGAUCCAUCUUGAAGAUGAAACCCUGCACAGUCUCCAUCUUA